AUGCCCAUCCGCGGUUUCCCGUUCUUCGACACAUUGGACGAUUUAUUUACAGAAUCAGACACCUCGGAGACUUCGAAAGAGUCCGCCCAUAUUACAUCUCUUCCACAAGAACUCGUCGACGAAAUUUUGAGGAUGUUGUCAAUCCGUGACGUUGUGUCCAUGAGACGUUCCUGCCGGAAGCUUAGUAUUAUGGGUCGACAUAAUUUGAUGUGUAGGCUCACAGUUUCUCGGAAAUAUCAUUGGACUAGAAUAGACCUCGAGGCAUUGCUUUUCUUUGCAAAAGAGAGUUGUCGCAACUUUGAUCCGAGCUUGAGGUUGCGCCAUCUUGUGAUCGAGGUUUACCCACCCUACAUCGACCCCUCACCCCAGCUCCCAACUCAGGUCCCAAUUACUGAAGAUGAACUGAGAAGCUUCCAUCAGAUAUUAAACCGGGCAUAUGAUGCCUACCCAUCCGAGACGAGAUGCUCAGAAGAUCUGGAGGGUUUAUUCGCAGAAGCGAUUAUGUUAUUGCCGGAUAUUGAACGUAUCGAUAUCGCAAACCCAGGCAGUCAUACUCUUCUAUCCGGCAAAGUCGUCCUAUCUCAUUACCGAGAAUACAUACUAAAGGCAUUCUGCGAUUCGCACGACUUCGGGAUGUCUUCAGAGUACCGGCACCGGAUAGCAAAACAAUUUCUGAAGUUCUAUCGACAAUAUGACGGGUCACAGACAACUCCAGAUGGGAUCAUCACUCGCAAAUACCAGAACCUUAAACCCGACUUCGCCUCGACCGUAUUCAGGAGUGUUCUAAAAAGCUUCAGAGUGUUUAAGUCCGAUAAACCCAAGCUCACCUCAUUAUGUUACCUCAGAACAGAUCGGAGGGAUGGAUUUAUUCCAAAUCGUUGGUUCCGAAACGAUAUUGACGGCAGCGAAUAUAUAAGGGUAGAUUUCUACCAGCCGGUAAUAUCAAAUCUGAACAAUCUGGUGGUGCAUUUUCAAAGACCACCAUUAACCGAUAUAUUUCAUGUCAAACGCUCGGUAGAACGGAUCACAUCUUAUCAAAAAAAUGUUGCUAAAUUCAUUCUCCACCCGCGUCAGUUGGUUGGGCUUUCUAUUGUUUUUAACGACAUCGCUUGGACAGAGGAGAUAAAGCUCUCUGAUGAACUACAUCUACCAUAUGUUCCCUCGAUCCGACUCAUUUCUCUCAGUGCGACUGAGGGUCAUCUUCUGUUCCUUCGAAACUUUCAUCUCGACACGCUUGCUUUCAAGAGCGACGAUAUCAUAAAAUUCCUCGUCGACCGAAAAGGAACCCUUGCCGACGUCAAGUUUGUGAAUUGUGCGCUCCAAGCCCCACGUCAGUCCUGGCAACCUGUUUUCGGGGCUCUAGCGUUACUGUCAUUAUCCUUGUUUAAUUACAGCUCGACCGAUGCGCGUAUGGCCGAAAAGAGAGACGAAAGGGGUGUAUCAUAUUGCCCCACCGCGAUUUCGUGGUUUAGAGUGGAGGGGAAGAUAGCGACUGAGGAACACUACUGUGAGCUAUUACCAAACGGCUACUGGACGCGUGCGCCAGAAUUUAAGGAGAACCCGCUGAUGCAGACCAACUACGAAAAUGCUAUGAAGGCUAUCCAAGUGAUGGAAUCAGUUGUUAUAUUAGGAAAGCCAGUGCAAACUCACUUAGAAGCUUACGUUCAGAAAAACGCUACCCUUCAACAUCCUGGGUGUGUGAUGCCGUACCGGCCUCUAAAGGGCCGGUGGGAGGAGGGCCCCGAGGAGUACUAUAAGCUCCUCCCAAUAAAUCCGGGUUUGGUGGCGCUUACGCUUAUUUUUAUGAGAAGAAUAAUGGCGGCCGGGUUCGACUAUGACGACCCACUUCUAAAUAUUGGGCGGCCACCAUUGGAGGAUUUGGACGGAUAG